GCCUGUAAAGAGAGCGCACGGCGGGCGGUUCGGAGCCACAGCGGCGGGGUGUGGAGACACUGAGGGCUCAGAGCAGCGGCGCUUCGCAGCAGCCGGAAGGAACCAGCGCUCUGCUCCACCGAAAAACCGGCUGCGACUUUGAACCCUGGAGCUGGAGCUGAUCUAGAGCCAGUGGAGCCUCUCUCGGACAAAGCAGCAGAGGCACAAUCGCCAUGGGCGCCGACGCCACCGCUCUCUUCGUCUGCCUGCUCCUGGGCUCAGCAGCGGCCGGGCAGCACGCCUCUCGAGUGUUCCUGGAGAAGCAGGAUGCCCUCACCCUUAUGUCACGCCACAAGCGGGCCAACGCGGGUUCCGAGGAGGACCAGCUGCCCCCCAACCUGGAGCGAGAGUGCGUGGAGGAGGUUUGCCACUAUGAGGAGGCCCGCGAGAUCUUCCAGGACACUUAUCGCACCGAUAUUUUCUGGUCGGUGUACGUGGAUGGAGACCAGUGCGCCAGCAAGCCCUGCAAGAACGGCGCCCUGUGCUCAGACAGCGUGGGCGGCUAUGACUGCAUCUGCAAGUCGGGCUUCUCUGGAGUCCACUGCGACACAGAUCAGACAGUGUGUAUCCUGGAUGCGACGAAGGGCUGUAGCCAGUUCUGCCAGCCGGGCUACCAGUCGUACAAGUGCUCUUGUGCGCGUGGCUGGAAGCUGCAGGAGAAGCAGAACGAGAAGUGUAUCCCAGCAGUACCCUUUCCCUGCGGGAAGGUGGACAGUCUGAGCCAGUGGGACAACAGAAGGUCCACCAACAUCCGAAGCAGCUACGAGGGACUCAGCUGCAACUCCGGGGAGUGUCCUUGGCAGGUGCUGCUGCAGAGUGAGGUGGGCCCGUUCUGCAACGGCGUCAUUCUGAAAGAGAAUCUGGUGCUCACCACGGCCCAGUGCGCCAACACUUACAGCAGCUUCAAGGUGGUUGUGGGUAAGAGGACCACGUCCUUCGAGGCAGGACAGCAGGAGCUCAACGUGAAGACGGUGCACGUCCACCCGAGAUACGUGGCAGGCCGCCCAGACAACGACCUCGCGGCAGUAGAGCUGCAAAACCGCAUCACCUUCAAGAAGUCCGUGAUGGCUGCUUGCCUUCCAGAGCGGGACUUUGCUGAGAAUGUGCUGAUGACGGGCGAGUGGGACGCGAUCAUCACCGGCUGGAAGGAUGGAUCCCAACCCGUAGCUCUGGAGGGCACUCUCAGCCUCAACCAUCUGGCGUACGAGCCCCUGGAGCAGUGUAUUGAGCGACACCAAGGCCGCAUGACCAACAAGAUGUUCUGCACCUUACCACGACCCAAGGCCGAUUGCAGCUUUGGCCCCGGCAGUCCCGCUCUCACCCUUUACCGGGAGGUGUUCUUCCUAACCGGCGUGGCGAGCCGGCCUCAGGAGCACGACUGCCAACAAGGCUACCUCUUCCAGAAGGUGUCCCGGUUCCUGCCCUGGUUGAAGCCCCUGAUGGAGGCCUGAUGAGGACGGAGGGAGACGGCUGGCGGUGGGGCUGCACGAUAGAGGGGGGGUUAGCUCACCGAAGGUGGAGGAGUUCAUCAAAAAAAUAUGCUUUAGCCGUCUCCGGGCAGAGCUGCAAGUAGACUUUAGCAUUUGGUCGAGCGUCAACAGCGCCCCGUUGUCUAACUCUACGAAACUGCACCUUGUUAGUUUUAUUCCCGUGUUAAACCUCUGAAAGCGGAGGCGCCGUUUCGGGUUCAGGAAGGCCCGCGGCGAGCGCCUCUCUGUUUUCCCCACACGGUGGCACUCGCCCACCAAAAUGACAUUAAAACGCGCUCCGCCUCACUGCGGCUAAUAGCUAAUGCUUAGCGGGAGCUACGUAGCGCGGCAUGUGGCGUGACUGUGUCGUGUCUUAGCUGUGUUUAGGCCUCGCUGCUUUAGACGUGUAACACGGCUGCUUGUGAUGUGUAAUUAAACCAACCGUUUGACCUGA